GACGGUUUCGCCCUUGAUACUCCGAUCAAGACCUCCCCGCCUCUGUUUCUUCUUCUCCCCUAAAACCCUUCCAAAACCCCCUUUCCCCAAUUUCCUUCAUCUCCAAAGUCCCAAUCUUUAGUCGGAUCCCACCAUGUCAAAGGCGCUGAAUCUGAUCAAAACCAAUUCGUCGAAUCCAAAGGUCUGGGUCUUGCUUGGAGUGAGCGUGGCAGGGCUAUUGGUUUUGGCCGAGACCAGGAGGAGGAGGAGGAGGAGAGCAAUGAUCAUCAAAAGAGAGGACUUUGGUGCCUUUUUGGAGCGCUUUGAGUUGCUUCCUCUUCCUCAGCCGCCGCCUCCCGCCGCCAGACAGCCUCUCGCUGGGGUGACCUUUGCUGUAAAGGAUAUAUUUGAUGUCAAGGAUUACGUGACGGGGUUUGGGAAUCCGGACUGGCAGAGCGCGCAUGAGCCUGCUGAGAAGACUGCAGUGGCUGUGACUGCUCUUUUGAAGAAUGGGGCUAAAUGUGUUGGGAAGACAGUUAUGGACGAAUUGGCAUAUGGGAUAACUGGAGAAAACAAGCAUUAUGGAAACCCCAUAAAUCCAAAUAUGCCAUCACAUAUUGCAGGGGGUUCUUCUAGUGGUUCAGCUGUUGCAGUUGCAGCUGAGCUUGUGGAUUUUGCCCUUGGUACUGAUACAGUUGGCUGUGUGAGAAUUCCUGCAUCAUUUUGUGGUAUUCUUGGAUUCCGACCAUCUCAUGGAGCUGUUUCUACAUUUGGAGUGCUGCCAAAUUCACAAAGUCUAGACACUGUUGGGUGUUUUGCUCGUGAUCCUCAUAUUUUACAUCGUGUUGGACAUGUUCUGGUUCAACUAAAUGCAGUGGAACCUAGAAGAACAAGACGCCUUAUAUUUGCUGAUGAUCUUUUUCAGCUUUCAAAGGUUCCCAAGCAGAAGACAGUUUAUGUUGUUAGCAAAGCAAUUGAAAAGCUAUCUGGGUAUCAAUCUCCGCAGCAUAAAAAUAUUGGUCAGUAUGUCGCUUCAAAUGUACUUAGUUUAAAAAGUUUCCAUGAACAAUCUUCAAACCUGCAAAUUGGAACAACCACUUUAAAAGCUCUCUCAUCUGUGAUGCUGUCACUACAAAGUUGUGAAUUCAAAACAAAUUAUGAGGCAUGGGUUAAAUCAGUCAAACCCAGAUUAGCACCUGAUGUUUUAGAACGUGUUCUUUCAGCAAUCAACUCAGAAAAUGAGAACAUGAAAACUUUAUACAAAGUCAAGACUGAGAUGCGAGCUGCCCUUCAAAGCCUUCUGAAGGAUGAUGGAAUAUUAGUCAUUCCAACAGUUGCAGAUCCUCCAUUGAAACUUAAUUCCAAGAAAGGGUAUUCUACCGAGUUUCAUGACAGGACAUAUACAUUAUCCAGCGUUGCGAGCAUGUCAGGGUGCUGUCAGGUUACAGUUCCAUUAGGAAGGCAUGAGAAUUGUCCUAUCUCUGUUUCAUUUAUCUCAUACCAUGGAGGGGAUAAGUUUCUUCUCGAUACAAUUUUGGAUAUGUACUCAUCUCUUCAAGAGCAAGUUGAAAUAUCAUCCAAUUCCGUGGCAAUGCAAGAUGUCAAUGGUAAUAUGGAUGCUUCAGAGCUCUUGAAGGAAAAGGGGAAUGCUGCAUUUAAAGGAAAGCAGUGGAAUAAGGCUGUGAAUUACUACAGUGAAGCUAUCAAAUUAAAUGGGACAAAUGGAACUUACUAUUGCAAUCGGGCAGCAGCUUACUUAGAAUUAGGAUGCUUUCAACAAGCUGAAGAGGAUUGUAGCAAGGCAAUAUCACUGGACAAGAAGAAUGUGAAGGCAUAUAUGAGACGUGGUACAGCUAGAGAGGCACUACUCCGCAACAAAGAGGCUAACGAAGAUUUUAAACAUGCUCUUGUUCUUGAGCCACAAAACAAGUUUGCAGCCAGCGCUGAAAGGAGACUCAGAAAAAUGAUAAGUUGAUACUAGCCCUCCUUCCAUGUCUGACAUGCAUGAUAAAUUUGUCGAACAAGAACGCAUACUAUUUUUUUGGUAAGUGAGAAAAACAAAGAUGGGGUUCUAUUCAGGAACUGCUGCCUCAAUUUUGUUGGGGAAAGUUUGUUGUGCAUAUAUUUUUCUAUGUUAUUAACGAAUAACUAUACUGCUUUCAAGCUUAUCAAUAGAAGUUUUUGGUGAGGUUGAAGAAAGCUAGGCGAUGGUG